ACUCGCCUCAGUUGCUAACGUUUGCUUGCUGCGACGCGUUCCCAAAAGUACGCGCGCCUUCGUAAAGAACAGAACAUGUGUCAAGUGCUGCAAUAAGCAACCGCAACGACUUUUUUAAAAAUAUGUGUGCCUUAUAUAUGUUUGGGCUGCUAAUGUUUGCUGUGUUGGGCAGCAGCAGUGCUGAACUGAAUUAUGAGCGUUACUUUGCUGUGGGCAAUCGCGCUGAUAAUGAUCAGCUGCUCAUGCGGGAUGUGCAACAUUCGCGUCCUGCCACUCUCAAUGAGUCGGCCAGCAUUAGCUUCAGCUACAAUCUAGUGGAGCCAAUCACCUUUAUUGAAAUCGUAUCGGAAGAAAACAUUUCAGCUGAAGUCAAAUUCAGCUAUACCGAUCAUCUUAUUGUCGGCCGCAUUAGCCUAGUGAUCGAAAAUGCAAGCGAGCCUGUUCCAAGCGCCUUUAAGGUUACCAUUAGCAUCUAUGGCUUCAAUGACAGCAGGUUGAUUGCGAAUCCUGCACAGCUGCUUAAUACUGAUCCGUACAUUGAGGGUAGACUCAGGUCCAAUGCGGAUGCAGAGAUGGAUGACAUUGACUAUGAUGUAUUCGAUAGAGUCGAAAACGGCACGGAGCUGUUGCUGGUGUCGGAGCAAGGCACCGAUGCACCCAUACCCAACAACAAAACCGACUUUGAUAGUCUAAAGGAUAAGAUAAUCGACAAAGGCGAACGUCAAGCUGGCGACGAAAUGAUUUAUGAAACUUAUCAAACCGACAUUGGCACAGAGCAGAACCAAACGCUUGUCUUUUACUUUGUGGACAGCGUGUACAUUACCUACGUUAAAUUCAUUUUCGUUGGUUGGUAUGAAAGCCAUGGCAUAAACGACGAGGCGCCUGUGGUCGAGUACUCGCAUUAUACGCCCCAAACCCUUAAGGCCACCAUCACGGCUUAUAACACCAAGACGCUGUUUGUGGUAAUGUUUGUCUAUGGCUAUCGUACGCGCCAACAGCCGGCGGGCUACAAGGCGUUUAUGGGUCCAGAAGUUAAGACGCCCGCGCAGACGCCCGAGCUGACGCCAAUGCAACGCUUACAGCUGCUGCUGCUCAGUGGCAAAAGGACUACAGCAAGCAGUGGAGCAACAGCCGCGGAUGAUGACGAUGACGAUGGCAGUGCUGAUGGCAUAAACCCCGACGAUAUGAAGCCGGCGGCUAGGCCCAAUGCUGCAGUGGCGGCAACGGAUCAACAUCUUUAUGCCAUGUUGGGUCUCAUGCUGUUUGCCGUGGUCUAAGGCAACAGCUGCACAGUUUGAGCUUCAGGUGUUGGUUAUAUAGCAAAGUGUAUAGUGUAUAUCAGUUAUGAAAGCUUUAUGCGUUAGUUUGAACAUUCUGCGUAUUGUAUUAUUAAAUUAAAUGAAAUAAAUGGCUGCAUUGCAGUUUUCAGUCUAAC